AUGGAAAUCUACUGCGAGCGAGUACGGGACUUGCUGAAUCCCUAUGGGAAAAGUAAUUUGAGAGUCCGUGAGCAUCCAGUUUAUGGACCCUAUGUGGAGGAUCUGUCCCGAUGUGCAGUUCAGUCAUUCGAUGAAAUAAACGAAAUGAUUGAAGCUGGAAAUAUGUCCAGAACUGUGGCUGCAACUAACAUGAAUGAGACCAGUAGCAGAUCUCAUGCCGUCCUCACCCUCCUUGUAACCCAAAGGGAAAUCGACGCACAAACUCAGCUGGUUGCUGAAAAGGUAAGCUUUUCUCACCUACAGGAUUUCGUUUUCAUUACCGUGUGCCGCUGUUUCAUCAGUUCCAAUCUCAUAAAGUCCUAG